CAAUUGAGAUUUUUGAACGGGUCGCAGUUGUUUACUGCAAACAAACCGCGAGAUUUUAUAAACUACGUGCAAUUGUGCAAAAAUGUGAAUUUUUGAUUCAUAAACAAAUUGGUCGAGAGGUCAUCCCGCGUAACCUUGACAGUGGGGUGAAAACUGUGUUACCGGGUCGGUCAAGGGUCACGGGAAAAUCGAUACAGCCCUAAAGAACCGUAUUUUUAGCGCGGAACAACAAUAGUUUUCAUCAUGGAACCGGAAAAUAGUGACAUUUUUUCGAAAACACCGAAACCGGUGUCGAAAUCGCCGGCCAGUUCACCGUCUGUACGCACCUACACCCAAACUGUUCUAGUGUCUCUCGCUGAGACUGUGACCCAUGAUAUCACCUACGUUAACCUGUCAGGGGUGGAGAGAGUGGACAUGUCCAAUUUUGACCUGCUCAAGGUGCUCGGAACUGGAGCUUACGGUAAAGUGUUCCUAGUGAGAAAACGUGGAGGUUCCGACGACGGACGCCUCUACGCGAUGAAGGUGCUGAAAAAAGCGACUAUUGUGCAAAAGAAAAAGACAACCGAACACACGAAGACGGAGAGACAAGUUUUAGAGGCCGUCCGGGACAACCCCUUCCUCGUUACCCUCCAUUAUGCCUUCCAGACUGAUGCCAAAUUGCACCUUAUCUUAGAUUACGUACCUGGCGGUGAACUAUUCACUCAUUUAUAUCAAAGGGAUCAUUUUACCGAAAACGAAGUUAGGAUAUACAUAGGAGAGAUUGUUUUAGCACUGGAAAAGCUGCAUGGGCUCGGUAUAAUCUACAGAGACAUCAAGCUGGAAAACAUCCUUGUAGACGAAAAGGGACACAUCGUCCUCACGGACUUUGGCCUGUCCAAAGAAUUGUCCAGGGCUGAUGGGGACCAGAGGGCCUACUCCUUCUGCGGCACCAUCGAGUACAUGGCACCGGAAGUGGUGCGGGGCGGUACCCAAGGGCACGAUAUCGCGGUCGAUUGGUGGUCCGUAGGAGUUCUGACUUAUGAACUGCUCACCGGGGCCUCCCCUUUCACCGUGGAAGGAGAAAAGAACACCCAGCAAGAGAUUUCUAAGAGGAUCCUAAAGUCUAACCCACCAGUGCCUGACUAUUUGGGAAAAGAAGUGAAAGAUUUCAUAAAUCAACUGCUGAUGAAGAACCCCAGGAAGCGCCUGGGGGGCGGAGAGGAGGACGCCAGAGAACUGAAACGACAUCCCUUCUUCAAAGGACUGAACUGGGAAAAGUUGGCCAACAAGGAGAUCCCCGCCCCAUUUGUGCCGGUGAUCACAAGCGAACUGGACGUUUCGAACUUUAGCGACGAGUUCACCACGAUGCCUCCCACCGAUUCCCCGGCGGUGGUACCCCCGACCAACUACGAUAAACUGUUCAAAGGGUACAGCUACGUGGCACCCUCGAUAGCGUUCUCACGUAACGCAAUCUCCACAAACGCGGAACACUUCCUGAUCAAAUCCGCGGAUUCCCCCUUUUUCCAACAGUACGACGUCGACCUGAACGAGGAGAUUCUCGGAGACGGUACCUUCUCCGUAUGUCGUAGAUGCGUUCACAAAGCAACCGGGAAAGAGUACGCGGUGAAAAUAAUCAGCAGGGUGAAAGACUGCAGCCAGGAGAUCAACAUGUUGAGAGCCUGCCAGGGGCACGAUAACAUCGUCAACAUACACGAGUUCGUGCAGGACGAGCGCUACUCGUACUUGGUCAUGGAGUACCUGAGAGGAGGAGAACUGUUCGAUCGUAUACGUCACAAGGAGAAAUUUACCGAGAGCGAGGCCUCCGCCCUAUUGAAAAAACUCGUGUCCGCGGUGAAUUUUAUGCACGAACGGGGCGUGGUGCACCGCGACCUCAAACCGGAGAACCUGGUGUUCACCUCCGAGGACGAGGACGCCGAACUUAAGAUAAUCGACUUUGGGUUCGCGCGUUUGCGGAGGGACAAAGAGGAACCGUUGCGCACCCCCUGUUUCACCCUUCCCUAUGCCGCCCCCGAGGUUCUCAAGGGCGACGAGGGCGGGUACGACGAGAGCUGCGACCUCUGGAGCUUGGGGGUGAUACUGUACUCGAUGUUGUGCGGAAAAGCCCCGUUUCACGCAAGAUCCAGAGACGAGAACGUCACCUCAAUAAUGGAGCGCAUCAAGUGCGGAGACUUCAACUUUAACUCGGCCGCAUGGAAAGAGGUCUCUUCGGACGCCAAACAGGUGGUGGAAGGUCUGCUCACCGUCAUACCCAAGGAUCGUUUCCAGAUGCGCGAUCUGUUGGGCAACAGUUGGGUCCAAGGGAACCAGAAGGUUCCUCAAACACCCCUGAUGACCCCGGACGUCCUCAGUACCGGCCCGAACACCGGGAUCACCCUGGAGACCACGUUCGACGCCUUCCAUCAGGCGCAACGGGAGGGCAUGCGACUCCAGGAGGUGAUCAGCGCGAAACUGGCGCAGCGUCGUCGCAAGAAGAAGAGCCACAGCACCAGCUCGUCCUCGUACACCAGCGAGGGUUCGCUCAACAAAAAGACUGAGGAGACCAAAGAGUCGAGCGUGAGUAGUAGCGAGGACGUGGUGCGAGAGUCUACCGGCUCGAGUGGGAUCGUGGUGUCCGAUAAGAACUCCGUGGAUUCGGGCAGUAGACAAGAGAGAACGAAGAGGGAGCGGAAGGUGUACGUGCAAACGAGACAAAGCGAUCGGAUCCUGUUUAAAAGACUGGAAAUCGAUUAUGAUCCGAUGAUGUUCAUUUCGUUGCCCUACCGCACCAGGAAGAGGAAACUGAUGGCCUCGGAGGGCGUAAGGGAGCACUGCGACAGUCCUACCAAGAUGAGGAAGAAAGAGGUGCCCGACCAGGGCACCAGGUAGGACGUUUUAAUUUAUUUUUUAAUCGUGCCUUUUUGUUUUGGGAAUGUGAGUGUGAGAAGAAAAGACGAUUUAUAGGAGGGGGUGAACAACUUUUAACUGUGAUAUUUAAACAAAAAUGUGAACUUCUGAUGGGACACUAUGGAUAAGUUGGCUCCCCUCACCUACGGACACUGAUUCCCAGCGCAAAAAUGCCCGCGUUACAGUAGCUAGAUGAAAAAAUCAAAAAAAUGUGAUAAAACGAUGAAACUUUCGAGUGUUGUACUGUUGAGGAAUUGACCUAGUAGAUUCCCGGAAAUUAUUUUUUACAAACGUUAAAGUGCACUUCCUAAAUACAAAUUAUAUACAUUAUUGCCAAAAAAAAAUUAUAGUUUGUACCGUAUAAGUACAUUUCCUUUUAGGAAAAUCGUGUUGUUUGUAGAUAGUUUUUACGGAAAAGAGCGAGGGCGGUUGCAAUAAGUUCAAAUUGUAAGAAAUGUUCCGAGUGAGUACCAAAACUUGUCAAACCGAAUUCGAUCGGGUUAUAUGUCCAUUUUAAUGUAAAUUACAUGAAAAUCUAUGGGGUUUAAGUCUGAGCAACUGGGAGGCCAUUAAAGAAUAGUCAUUUUCCUCAUAAAUUAGCCCUUUUAGAGUAAAUGACAUAAAAAUCUAUGGGGUUCAAGUCUAACCAACUGGGAGGCCAUAACGUGAAAAUUUAAUCACUAAUUGAGUCAGAAGGAAAUAAAAAAUAAUUAGUCCUGACAAGUUUUGCUAUUAGAAGGAUCAAUUUUCAAGAAAUCAUUUGUGUUCUUCUCUAUUAAUAAUAAUAAUAAUACUAAUUGUGAUCUCAGGUAUAAUUACUUAAAAACAAAGCGACGCAUGCUCAGUCAGUUCAAAUAAACGCAACCGGACACGAAAGUUUAUUUAUUUUGUAAGUUUUUCCUCUUUUUUUAGUGUUGUUAUAGUCAAUUUUUAGGUAAUUUUAUUGUAUAAUGGUUUGCAACCUCAGGAAACUAAUUUAUAGUUAAAUAAAUUAUAUAUUGUACGGAGCGCGUAGAGAAUAUUGCUGUAUAUACAGGGUGUCUCAAAAGUAAUCGAGGAGCGUAAUUCUUUCAUAAAAAAAAAUAAGACAACGCUUACUUUUGAAUGGACUUGUAUACAGGGUGGACCGUCGCCCUGUAUACCGGGGAGGCUCCAAGCGUUAAUUUUGUACGAUUGUUUUUUUUUAAUUUAAGGUUGAAGAUUAUUCAGAUAUUUUGAAUAAUAUUAACGAGAAUCAUUAUUUAUUUUAUAGAUAAAAAAAAGCUCUGUAGAUGUAAAUAGUUAAGAGAAGAUAGACCAAAUAAUGGACAGCAGUGCCUUGUUAUUUUUGUUAUUGUGGAUCUGUUCUUAUAGGAGGGAUUACUUGAUUGAUUCUGUAGAAAUAUGUUGAUAUUUGUCCCGAUUUUUUAGUUAUUAAAUGAUUUCUUUGAUCCUUCAUAUGAUAAA